CUGAAAUACAUUCCCCGGGAAACAAAGACUAGCUUUCAUUAGACUUAACCUUUAUUCAAUUUACGCGUGUCAGCCUAGAGGUCAAGGACAAACUCGAAGGUUAAAAUACACACACGUUACGUCUGGACGACAUAGAAACAACGAGCUAUUAAAAGCAACAUUCAAAUAAUAUUCAAAUAAGAAAGCGAUAUCGACCUUCCCAACAUGGCGCCCGCUGCACGGCGUUUCCUGCUUUGAUUGUGAAACAGUUGCAUAAACUCUCCUUCAAAAAAAAAAAAACUGUCAGUCAAACACCUGAUCAGCCACACAUCACUGAAAACACUCCACGAUAACAUGUUUUCAGCAACUAUCGCUCGAAAGGUGGUUCAUUCUGUUUGCCGGGCAUCACUGCGUCCAGCUGUCAGCACAGUGAUUUCUCGGGGAUACCGUGGUGAUGCUCCAGAACCGACCAUCAUUGAGAUCCCUCUGCCUCCGUGGCAGGAGAGGACAGGAGAAUCCCUGGAUAUCAAGAGAAAGAGACUCCUGUACGAGAGCCGCAAGAGAGGCAUGCUGGAGAACUGCAUCCUUCUGAGGUCAGCAGGUCAAGAACACAUCUAGAUAAAUGCCACCGACUC